GUUCGUUCGACCUCGAAAGAGCUCCCUCUGCACAGCGUGCCGGUACAUCAUUUACUACUCACUCCUUCGCUGUCGUCAUUUCACCGUCCUUUAUUCGUCAGAACUACCGGUACUGUACCCUAUUUCUCCCCCAUCGUUUACCGUUUCCCCUGAUCGGUGCAGCAGGGCGAGUGUGCGGGGGAGCGAGAGAGAGAGAGAGAGAGAGAGAGAGAGAAGCCGCUUUCCUUGCUCUUCCUUCAUUCAUUCAUUGCUCAGCUAAGCUUAGCUCGCUCCCGCCUACGCCUUGACGCCCCUCCUUUCCAUCAUUCCUGCCCCCCACUCAGGUCCCCCCCCCCCCCGAGCUUGCUGCCACCACAACUACAAAAUCGAUACAAACCCCCCUUCUCCCCCUCCUCUCUUUUAAGCCCUUCUUCUGCACUGCAAUAUCCUCGAAUAUAAGGAAGAGCCAGAAAGAGACCCUUAGCCAUCACCCCUGCCUUGCUCAUUCUUUCUCCAUAGUCCCGACUUUAUGCCCGUGUUCACUGAACACUUCAAGAACUCCCGCCAACAGCAACAAAAUAGAACCUCGUCGACUAUCUCGCAAGCUUCAAAUCCUGUGCCUAUCGCUGUGCGAGCUUCAACCAUCUCAUCUACACUAGGAGGUGGGAGCGCGUUUGGUUCGUCGAGAGCUCAGAUAUACCCCAAAGAAUACGGUAUUAGCCGCAAUUCAGCUCCAAAGUCUCCUCAUUUCUCCAAUACCACUUCUCCCCUCCUCUCCGCUCUUCAGACCCCAGGGGAGCUGCUAUCACGUUCUAUCCCGUUCCCCUCCUUUCUUUCGUCUUCCACACCAUCCACCGGACCUCCGAACAGUCUUGGUUCUGCAUCCGGCGGCGUAGGAUUGGGUGUAGGUGGCACGUCACCACCUCCGAGUGCACCAGCAUCGUAUAGCUCUGGAGGAAAUUUUGGCGCUGCACGUCAGGUGCGUGGGUACCCGGGAUUUGAAGAACAGUACUCGCCAUACCAUGGGCAUGGGGGAUACUAUAAUCCAACGCAACGAUAUGCACAGGGGUCACCGAGUCCGUUAAAUGCGCAGUUUGGGGCUUCGGCAACCGUGAAUACACUGUUGCAACCAGGAGAGGGUAACUUUGCAUGCACCUUGGAUACAUUGGACGAACCUGCUUUUGGUGGGGCAAACGGUGGUUUCAUGGGUUUGGCUGUGAGUGGGGGCAACGGGAACGGAGGGGGCGAAAACGUGGUCUGUCUCGGAUGGGAGGGUGGUGUUGAUAUCUGGAGAGUGGGGAGGGGAGUUGUAGAACUAGUUGGGCGACUAGAGGGUUUGGGCGGCGGGGUGAAGGGUGCUAAGAUGCUGGCAACACCGCCUCGGGAUGAUCCUCUAGCAGCUCAUAGGCCACUUGUAUGUCUCACUUUACACUCCCCGGUUACCCCUCAGGCAGUACCAGAAGGGGAAAGACCUCCACCAAUUAUGCAAGAAGAUGAAACGCCCUACUCUACGUCCCCUCCUUCCCGCCCCUCAACUUCUGCUUCCAAUCGAAGUGCGCAUUCCCCGGCACAACCAACCGAAUGGCAAACCACGGUUGAGGUCUGGAGUUUGUCUUCCCGUACGAUGGUUGCGAGACUAUUUACUAGUCCCUUGGUACCAGCGGCAGAUUUCGGUUUCGGGGUGGGGAGUCCGCCGCCCCCUUGGGGGGGGUUGAGGGUAGAAGUUGUUGGUACAAGAGUAGUAAUAGGUGUUGGAAUAAGCGGAGAAUUGUAUGUAUAUGGCUUGGAAAGUGGUAAUGAAUUCCAUGGUGAUAAUGCCGGGUGGAAAUGUUUGGGCAAACUGUGGACGGCUAUCCAGGGACAUCCUGGAGGAAGCUUUUCCAGCGACAGCGGAAUCCCGGGCCUUGGCACUGAUGGGAAGGUGACGGGCAUGGGAGGGCAAAUUGGGACACCAGUGUUCUCACUCUCAAACGGGUGGUUGGCAUAUUGCCCGGCGUCCGCUGGUUCUGCUUAUCACGUGGGUGGUGAAGUCGGUGUUCCGUUCAGUUCUCCAACUGUCAGAUCCCACUCACCGCCUGCACAACCAGCUAUCACGGCUGCAGUGUCCCUGGAGGAUGAGGCGUUCCUGAAUCGUAUGGCUAGGGAGGUAACCCAGGAGGUCAUUCGUGGAGCGAAACGGGCAACGGAGGCCAGUAUCAAGGCAUUUCAAAACUAUUGGAAUGGGCCUCAAAAUAAUUCGCCUCCGCCUCCGCCUCCGCCACUUCCCGUGAACAUGAUGAAUAGCGGGAUUUACACAAUUCCCAAUAUGGGCGCGGGAAGUGUUCACGGCGGACCGCAGCCUAGCGGAUUGGGUCAACAAUUGCGACAGAUGCAACAGAUGGGAGGGAUGCCGCAACAAUCCCAAUUUCUCCAGCACACCCCUCCCCAGCAAUCGGCAAGCGAGCCACGAUUAGUGAGUAUUAUUGAUUUGUCCAAGAUUUCCCACGGUCUCGAUGGCGGGGUGAGUCUCAGCGGCCAGCAAAUCAGCAUGGCUCCGAUGGCGACCUUCCUACCCCCAGCAGGCGUGAGCUAUCUCAGCUUUGCCCCCGGCGGGUUGGCCUUGCUGACGGCGAGCUCUAAAGGAGACCUGCUGUUUGUGUGGGACCUGAUGAGAGUUGUUCACCAUCCGCCUGGGAACCCUUUACACGGAAGCCAAAAGUCUGGUCCUGGAGGCCAAGACAACGUGAAGCUUUCGGGACCUCCUAACUGGCCGGACGGAGGUGCACUUGGGAAACACGUAAGGCAGAUUGCUCGGUUUAGUCGUAUAACACCAACAACAAUUGUAGACGUCGGAUGGUCCAGCCCCAAGGGUGAAAUAUUGACGGUGGUCACGGAGAGAGGAACAGUCCAUUUCUAUGACCUGCCCAGUAACGCGUACCAGUGGCCCCCUCCAAAACGACCACCGCCUUCUUCUAGCGCUAUAGCUGCUGGAGCCCAAGUUGGGGCUGCUGGAGCGGCAGUCACUGGUGCGGUUAAUCUAUUCAGCAGCUCUACCCAGCCCCUCCUGUCAGCAGCCCGCAAGAGGCGAAGCAGAAGCAGUAGUAUUGGCUCGCCAAGCGGGGGUAUCUUUUUGAAUGGGAAUUCCAACCGGCGUCCAGGACAGAGCGGCAGUAGCGGUGGGUCACCCAAUGACCAUAUAGGGGGGAAUAAGGUCUCACUCCCUCAAGGGCUGGGCAGUAUCCGACCAGGGUCGGUUAAAUUUCUUGUCGGGAAAGAGAGGGGGUAUGUUGCUCUAAUAGGAGCCGGUGUGCUCCGGAUCUACGAGGUCAGACCUGGAGGCGGUGGAAGCAAGAGGAGGAGUGCUGGGGGGAUCAUGAACAACUUUUUAGAAUAUGAGUUGCCUAUGUUACCCGAUGGAUCUUCGCAGCAGAACACUCUUUCCGUCGAAGGUGAGGAGAAGCAAGUGGGCGGGUUCUGGACUGGAAGACAUCAUCACCACCAUCACCACCCGGUACAUAACAUCGAACAGCAAAAGUUUGAACAAAAUCCACUAUCCUUUGCUGAAAUAGAAACGAACGCUAUAUUCCAGCCCUUCCACACGGACAGACACGUAAGUUUGUUUGUGCACACAGACGCAGGAGGUAUCCAGGGGCUUCUACGGCGCUCUCCCAAGCCAACCGGUUGGCUCGUGGGCAGUUCAAGACAGGCGAAGGCGGGUCGUCGCCAGGACGAGGACCAAUCUGUUGCCUCUACGUCAUCGCCAUCGUCCCCUACACACGAGCCGGCGCCAGUCCCCGGUGAGGAGAAGACUGAAUAUCAAUCCCAUCUUCCUGCCACCCCCCCGGAAGGAACUACAGUUCCGGGACCGGCUUCCAAACCCGCUCCGGACACUACUCUGGCAGUGGCUUCUUCGACCAGCCCUGCGCCAGACAGCGGUGAUCGAUGGGUAUUCGGCCUUUCCAUACCUGCAGAGAAGUUGAACAUUGGCUCGGCACGCGGUGAGGUAGCGUUCACGGGCGACGAAGGCGGGCUGGCAGAAGCAAUGGAAAGCGGACUAGAGCUUGACCGAGGUGGGACGAGUACGAUAAAGAAGGGACGGAGGGGCGGUGGGGGGAGGUUAGGUCCUGGUGGCGAGGGAUUCUUUGAGAACGACUGUGAGGUGUUGGAGUACGCGGGUACCAUGUAAGCGUAUGGCCUGUUACUGGGACUCUCGGUUUGAGCCAUUGGAUUGUUUCAGAAACCCUUUUCCUCUCUACUCGUCUAUCGACGUGUGCUGCUGUUUUUUGACAGCCCCUUCUUGUGACUAUUUUAUUUCUUUUCUUUCCCCGAACACUUCCCUUUCUUCGUUUUCGUUUUCGUCACAGCAUUGAAUUGGGGUUUUGGGAUAGGAUUUUCUUUUUCUUCAUGCGUUGAAACUAUAAGACGAGAUUCCACAAAAAAAAUGUUUAUCUCUUCAUUACCGUUUUCUCUAAUAAUUGUUAUAUCGUGGGCACAUGCACUGGUGGGGGUUUUGUCUUUAUCAUUUUCAUUACACUUUUGACUACCAUAUCUCGCGUUUUUUUGUAAUAUUGGUUUUUUCUUUUUGUCUCACUCGCUACAAUACCAGACUCGAGCACGCU